CUAUUACUUACUACCUGCCGGCAAUUGUAGCGACUAACUUCACGACGUUCCAUGCGACAUGUUGGGCGCGGAAAUCGAUCUUUCGAUUUAUAAAAAGGUUCGAUCGGUAUGGGUCGUCGAGAGCGCGUUUUAUCGAGACGCGUUCAUGUUUACUAAUAUAAUGGGCGUCUAAUCAAUAGAAAAAAAAGGACGAAAAAAAUGGCUCUGUACGACAAUCAACAUUGGCUCCUGUCGCACAUCAGGGACGGUUUUCUCGCGACGGACGACUCAGGUAUGUGCGACAUGGUGAUGCUCGGAGAGGAUAUUCCUAAGCAGUUGAAGAAAAACAAUACCCUGCAAUGUUAUCCUGGUAUGGAAGAAAGUGACGACGAGGAUUUAGAUGUGAUGUCAGAAUCAUAUGACAUACAAAUGGAAAUGCCGUUCAGUCACAGACAGAGAUCUAAUACUGCACAAAGAUUAGAGAAAAUGGAUAUAGAAAGGAAAAAGGCCGCCAAAAUCAAGCAUGUCAAAUGGGAAUACAAUCUUAGUGCUAUGACACCUGCAGAUCAAUCAGAUCUAUUUCAAAGAAAAGAUUUUCGUAGGAAAACUCCACUUAAAAAAGGACAAUCUCUUUUGUCAGAACAACUCGAAAAAUGUCCAUAUUUACCACCAAAUCCAUUUAAAGAAUAUGCCAAAUUUGAUGGCGACACACAAGUGAGCGUUCCGGUGAGAAAGUACAGAAUAUUCAUGUGUAUGUUGUCGAAAGAGGACAGGAGGUAUCCGCUUCAAGCGGCAGUGAUAGUAACAGCACGGGUGUUGGACUUUAUUGGGUUGAUUUGCUACAAAUAUGCAAUUGAACAUCCCGACCAUAAUUUGAAGGACAUUUCACAUUAUGGACUGUAUCUCACUGAAGAUGACGGUGAGAUAGACUGGGCCUUUCCCUGUUUAGAUCCACACGAAACUAUCUCCAAAUUCGAAUUCACUACGCUGGGCUUGAUUGAGAUGAAGCCGAGUGAUAAAGCACGAUACGACACAAUAAGUUACAUUGAGAAAAAAGAUGAGCAGAUCCUGGAUGGUAAAGACAAGGAGCAGGAGGAAGUUGCAAAAGACUUGGCCAAGAUGGAGGGUCAUACUACUGCGAUGGAGGCACCAUUGUAUCAGUCAUAUAGAGUAUAUAUAAUUAACAAAAUGCGAGCAAAAACUGAGAUUCAUCUUGGAAUAUCGGGCGAGAAGAUAGAGAUAGAUCCAGUGAUAACAGGUAAAGGCGCUGCUAGAUUUUGGAAUAGACAGCGGGCAGUCAGUUAUCACAUAGACAACAUCGCUUGGUGCGAAGUGACCGAGACUAAAGGAUCGAAAACUAUAUUUACACUGGUUUAUACCCCGCAAUCCAGCGCUUCGGAUAAUAUUCUGAGUCAAAGUCAUUCGCUUCAUCAAUCAGCAUCUUUCAAGAAUCAUGAUUUCGAGGCGGAUUCAGUGACGGCUGACGAGAUUGUACGAAAAAUUAAUCACAUCCUAGAACUACAUAGCAGUCAGUCAAGGAAGGAAUACCUCGCGCAGAAGGAGAGGAAAGCAGCGAGAAGAAAGAGCUUCCAUCUGCAUAGAUGACAACUCUAUUGGUUAUUCCGUACAAUCUUAGAUUAUUUGAAGCAUUGAAUAUUAGUAUACCACAAAACGUGAUCGUAAGAGUCAUUCUAAGAAAUAUCUUUUCAUACGACCGAGUUAAUAUCUCGAAUUUCGUUGACGUGCCAGAAAUGGCAGGAAGUAGAGGUCUUCUCCAUAUUCCAUAGAUAUAAAGUUUAAUGCUGUAUAA